AUGGGAAGGAAAGAUGAUAACGACUCCUAUCAUGCACUCGAUGAAAUGUGGGUAUUGGAUACAAAAAGUAAGAUCUGGCUAGCAGAGCUAAAAAAAUUAACUGUGAUUGGGGAAUACACAUAUGGUGUUGAAGGAGGAACAGUGCAAGUGUCUAGUGAUAAAAAUUUCGCGUACUUUUUUGUGAAUUAUACCUGGUUACAAGUUGAGAAAAGUGGCAAAAGCAAAUACGUAAAACCACGAAGUUAUGCGUCUUCAACCAUUCUCCAUAAAGACAAAUAUUUAGCCGUGGGGUUUGGUGCUAAAGAAAUAGAUAGGAGCUCAGAAUCAAAAGGUUUAGAUAUAUUUAAGCUACCCUUAAAGGAUGAAAAUGGUGAAUUGGUGGUCAAUAAAAAUAAUGCCAUAGAACUGACUGCCAUAUCGACUUUGCUUGACGAUGUUAAUCCAGUGAAGUCAUCAAGUUCAUUGAGUGCCUCGACAAUUAUUUCGAUAAUCUUUAGCACCUGUACAGUGUUAUUUUCAAUUGCCAUCAGUAUCAUGAUUAUAAAUCGAAAGAAGUUAAGAAGCAAGAAUUGCUACAUAACUAAUUUUGUCUUCACCGUUAUUUGGAACAGAAGACCAGGAGAAUCUUUCCCUACAUUACUUUAUGGAUUUUUAGUCAAGAUUAUAUUGGGUGUCAUACUCAUGGCAUUUAUAUUCUAUUUUUUGUUCAGUAUUCUAAAUAGUCCGUUAUCAACUACAGAUAAUUACAAAGAGUUAGACAAUAUAACAAUUCCAGAUAUUCGUUUCUGUUAUGUGGGAUGGGUUUACGAUAAUAGAACUGAUACAGAAGGAUCUGGAUUUCCGACACCAAACUGUUUACAUGAAAAUUCUGUAGAUUAUAGCGCUUGCGGCAAUAUAACCGUACUUAGUCAUCAUAUCAUGUCACCAUCCUUUGCUCAACAGAUAUUUGAUACAAAAUGCUACUUAUAUGAAAGCAUAUCAGACGUAACUGUAGUGUCUAAAGAUGAGCCAUCUUUGCAUUUUAAACAUUACGGGAUAUAUUACACUGAAGCGCAGGCCAUUCAUAUCCAAUUUUAUGAACCUAACAAAAAUCCAAAUCGUGUUGUUUUUAGUAAUGAAAAUAUACCUAGUUAUGAUGUAUACGCCGUAGAUAAAUGGAUCGUUGGUGAAUUGUAUAGCGGAUCCGAAAGUGACGUUAUCAGCCAGGUUAUUUCUGUGUAUCCGGAUUCUGAAUUAUCCAUCCAAUUUGAGACUGUAUACACCAAAAAACUUGAUCCUGAUAGUUGGUGGAAUCUUGUUGGCAUAUUUCCUAAGUACCUUGAUACCUCUGAGCUUAGUAUAACUCAUUCAGGAACUGUAAAUCGUGGGACAUACGAAGACCAUCUGGAUCCUGUUCCUAUGGGAAAAGUAAUCAUAUCUCCCGCGAGUUUUAGCGUAAAAACUAUCAUUGAACAAAGAGAUGUUACGAUAGUAUCAGCAUUCGGUGUUAUGGGUGGUAUUGUUGGCAUAUUAUUAACGGCAUAUGCAUUUUUAUUUGGGGCCAAACCAAAGGAGCCAUGGGGCAUAUUUCAAAACGUGGACAUCUUUUCAAACAGCAAACGAAAGCGGCAACAGAACUUGGAAAAGUAUUUUCUUAUUCCCAACACACAAAGUGUACCUUUCGUAACGCCUGUGCAUGAACGCUUUUUAUCUAUCUACAAUUUGAACCGAUCUAAUCACAAUGUCAAUAAUCCAGAGCUAUUGGAGGAAAGCGAACUGCUGUCCAAUAAUAUAGAGCUGGAAAACAUAUCAGAUGGAGUGGAGGUUGGCAAAGAGCAUGACUCUCGUCACACAUGCAGCAUACACCACAAGGGGCUCGAAGAAAGGUUAGGUAAACUCGAAGAAAGAAAUCAAAUGCUUGAAUUGAUUUUAAAAGCCUAUUAUAUCGACGACCAAGUUUUUCAAGAACUGUAUCAGCCAUCAUCUAGUAACUAG